AUGACUUUAUUAUCCACUCACCCUCAACAUCACAACUUCUCCUCUUCAGCAACAGCCGCCACUCCAUCUUGGCUUCCACGUCCACCACCAAAGCAGAGAAUGGCCCUCUCGUUCAAAAACCUCGUCAGCUCAGUCCUGGGCUCAGGAGCCAAGGAUGAUAAGCCGCCAUCGGCCUCGGAGUUGUUUGUCAAGACGGACCCAAAGGUAGAUGGUGACGAGUGUCUGCACGACUGCGAGAAUUGCUCAGCGCGAUAUCCCAGGGGCUUCAAGAUCGAAGAGGAGGAUGUGCUAUAUGGUCAAGUCGCGGCUUGGAGUACGCAUGUUCUUGUUGGGACGGGCAAGACGGAUUGGGUGAGAGAUGUGGAAGAGGAGGAGGGCAGUGUCAUGCAGGCUUUUUCCAAAGCAGUUGAGCCUUCGAACGGGAAACUCAAACUUUCGGCCUCUAACAUGCCUACUCCCCAUGACACAGAUGACUACUCUGAGCCCACAACACUUUUGCUUCUACCAGCUUUCAAACUCCUCCGCGAUGUUCACCCUCUCAGUGUGCCUCAGAUCAUCGCAGAGGUCAUCAAUCAAGCCCCUACCAGCACAUCCCCACUUACACCAACGCCCUUGCCCGCUUCCUUGCCAUCUCCAGAUCCGGCCGCUGGUAUUCCCGGCGUGACCUUGGUUGACUGUCCUCACAACGCCGUCAUCCUCAUGUGCAGUCAUCGAACACGCGAUGUACGCUGUGCCCAAAGCGCUCCUGUUCUGAGGAAGGAGUUUGAGCGCCAGUUAAGGCCGCUAGGUCUGUAUCGGGAUCUGCAUGAUGAGAGACCCGGCGGUGUCGGUAUCUACUACAUCAGCCAUGUAGGAGGACACAAGUACUCUGCCAAUGUCAUGAUCUACCGACGGCCGAAUGCGUUUGGUCUGGAUGAUGCAACAGAGAAGCAGAAUGGCAUGAAUGGCGUUGAGAAGAACGGCUCGGGAGAGGGUAGCCUGGGUGCAGCUCAGGGCAUCUGGCUUGCUCGGGUCAUGCCCGAGGACUGCGAGAACUUAGUCCGAUACACUGUCCUCAGAGGCAAGGUCGUCAAGCCUGAGCGUCAGCUACGAGGCGGUUUCGACCGCGGUAGAGGAGUCAUGAGUUGGUGA